AACCGCAGACUCCGGGUCCUUCGUGGGGUCUAAUGGCCAAGAGGACAGUUCGGAAGUGUCCCAAGAAGUGCCUAGGGACGGCCCACCAUCCCUCCCGCCACCUCGGAGCGCCUUUGUCGUCUGAACUUCUGAUCAGUUCUACAGCAUGAAAUUGGCUCCCAAAUGUCCCGAGCUGGCUCUGGAUCCGUAGCUCUGCAGCACCAUCUGUAAUUUCUUCCUUCGAGGGAUUCUGCACUCCUGGUCAUGGAGAAGUACCACGUGCUGGAGAUGAUUGGAGAAGGCUCUUUUGGGAGAGUGUACAAGGGUCGGAAAAAAUAUAGUACUCAGGUUGUGGCCCUGAAGUUCAUCCCCAAAUUGGGCCGCUCAGAGAAGGAGCUGAAGAACCUGCAACGAGAGAUUGAAAUUAUGCGCGGCCUGCGGCAUCCCAACAUUGUGCACCUGCUCGACAGCUUUGAGACAGACAAAGAGGUGGUGGUGGUGACAGACUAUGCCGAGGGAGAGCUCUUUCAGAUCCUGGAAGAUGACGGAAAGCUUCCUGAAGACCAGGUCCAGGCCAUUGCUGCCCAGUUGGUGUCAGCCCUGUACUAUCUGCACUCCCACCGCAUUCUGCACCGCGACAUGAAGCCUCAGAACAUCCUCUUGGCCAAGGGGGGUGGCGUCAAGCUCUGUGACUUUGGUUUUGCCCGAGCCAUGAGCACCAACACGAUGGUGCUGACAUCCAUCAAAGGCACACCACUCUACAUGUCCCCGGAGCUGGUGGAGGAGCGACCGUAUGACCACACAGCCGACCUGUGGUCCGUGGGAUGCAUCCUGUAUGAGCUGGCUGUGGGCACUCCUCCUUUCUAUACCACAAGUAUCUUUCAGCUGGUCAGCCUCAUUCUCAAGGACCCUGUGCGCUGGCCCUCCACAAUCAGUCCAUGCCUCAAGAACUUCCUCCAGGGGCUCCUCACCAAGGACCCCCGGCAGCGUCUGUCCUGGCCAGACCUGCUGCAUCACCCCUUCAUUGCUGGACGCGUCACCAUAGUAACUGAACCAGCAAGCAUAGAUUUGGGUACCCCAUUCACCAGUCGCCUGCCCCCAGAACUCCAAGUCCUAAAGGAAGAACAGGCCCAUCGGCUAGCCCCCAAGGGUGGUCAUUCCCGGAUCUUGCGCCAAGCCUAUAAGCGCAUGGCUGAGGAGGCCAAGCAGAAGAAACACCAAAACACAGGACCUGCUCCAGUGCCGGAGGACAGGAUCAGUCAGGGAGCACCUGACCCAGCUCCUCUGCCCAAACUCAGGGGACCUCCUCAGGAAGUGAGCCUCUUGGCUGGUAUCCUGGCUUCAGAAAAGAACAGCUGGGCUGAGUGGGGUCCCGGAGAAGCCCCCACUGUGCAGUGCAAUGAAAACCAGAGCAGCUCAGUUGGCGAACCAGGAUUGGCAGAGUUGAAGCCGGCAGUGAGCCAGCAUAACAUCAACAACAUCAACAGCAAGGAUGCCACGAACUCGGGAAAUGAGGAGCCAGACAGCGACGAAGAGUGGCAGCACCUGCUGGAGACUCUGGAGCCUGUGCCCAUUCAGCUGAAAGCCCCGCUCACCUUGCUGUGCAAUCCUGACUUCUGUCAGCACAUCCAGAGCCAGCUGCAUGAGGCUGGAGGGCAGAUCCUGAAGGGCAGCCCAGAGGGGGCUUCCCACAUCCUCCCUGCACUGCGGGUCCUCAGCUGUCUCCUGUCCAGCUGCCGUGAGUCUGCUCCCUUGUACUCUUUCUGCCGGGAGGCUGGGCUGCCUGGGCUGCUGCUCAGCCUGCUCAAACACAGCCAGGAGACCAACAGCAUCCAGAAGCAACCCUGGUAUGGGGCCUUCUUACGGGACCUGAUGGCUGUGAUCCAGGCCUACUUUGCCUGUACCUUCAAUCUGGACCGAAGCCAGACAGGUGACAGCCUACAGGUGUUUCAGGAGGCUGCCAGCGUCUUUCUGGACCUGCUGGGGAAGCUAUUAGCUCAACCAGAUGAUUCUGAGCAGAGCUUGCGGAGGGACAGCCUCAUGUGCUUUACCACGCUUUGUGAAGCCAUGGAUGGGAACAGCCAGGCCAUCUCCAAAGCCUUUUACUCCAGCCUGCUGAGCACACAGCGAGUGGUGUUGGAUGGGCUGCUUCAUGGCUUCACAGUGCCGCAGCUCCCCUUCCACAGCCCCCCAGGGGCGCCGCAGGUAAGCCAGCCGCUGCGGGAUCAGAGUGAGGACCUGCCCGGAGCCGUCUUCUCUGCCCUGGCGGCCAUCUGUACUGCUCCCGUGGGACUGCCCAGCUGCUGGGAAGCCAAGGAGCAGGUCUCUUGGCAUGUGGCAACCCAGCUGAUUGAAGACAGCAGCAAACUGAGGCCGUCCCUCAUCUCUGGCCUGCAGCACCCAGUCCUAUGCCUGUCCCUUCUCAAGGUCCUCUACGCCUGCUGCCAUGUCAGCGAGCGCUUGUGCCAUCUCCUCGGGCAGGAGCCUCUGGCCUUGGAGUCGCUGUUGCUGUUAGUCCAGGGCAAGGUAAACGCAGUGGAUCAGGAAGAGUCAACCGAAGUUGCACUCUACCUCCUUGCGCUUCUUGUCUUUCAGCUUCAAGACCUGCCCUGUGGAAUGGAGAAGCUGGGCAGUGAGGUCACGCCUGUCUUCACCCGUUCACAUGUCGUCUCUCUUGUGAGUGCCGCAGCCUGCCUGCUGGGACAGCUUUGUCAGCAUGGUAUGGCGUUUGAACUCCAGCCCGUGGAGUGGAUCGCUGCAGCCACGCACGCCCUGUCUGCCCCUGCAGAGGUGCGGCUGACCCCCCCAGGAGGCUGUGGAUUCUAUGAUGGCCUCAUCAUCCUCCUAUUGCAGCUUCUCACUCAGCAGGGGAAGGCUAGCCCGAUCAGGGAUGUGGCUAGCUCCGAGAUGUGGACUAUCUUAUGGCACCGCUUCUCCAUGGCCCUGAGACUGCCUGAGGAAGUACCCACUCUGGAAGAGGAGCUGUUGCUGUCCGUUCCACCAAGCCCAGAGCCAGACUGGACACUAAUCUCUCCCCAAGGCAUGGCAGCCUUGCUGAGUUUGGCUAUAGCCACCUUCACCCAGGAGCCCCAGUUAUGCCUGAGUCACCUGGCCCAGCGGGGGAGCCUUCUCAUGUCUACUCUGAAGCACCUGCUUUCCCCCAGCUUCCUGUAUCACCUGGGCCAGGCGCCUCACGGGCCUGAGUUUCUCCCUGUCGUGGUGCUCUCUGUCUGCCAGCUCUUCUGCUUCCCCUUCGCCCUGGAUGUGGACGCCAGCCUCCUUGUAGGUAUCUUGGCUGACCUCAGAGACUCCGAAGUUGCAGCCCACCUGCUGCAGGUCUGUUGUCAACAUCUUCCGCUGUCACAAGCUGAGCUUCCCAUCAGCCUCCUCACGCGCCUGGCUCUCACAGACCUCACCUCUCUUAACCAAUUUGUGAACGCAGUGGCUGCCUGUCCUAGAACUGUCCCUUCGUUCCUGUCUGCGGCCCUCCUAAGCGACCAGGCACUGCUAAGCUCCGACCUUCUGUCCCUGCUGGCCCAUACAGCCCGGGUGCAGUCUCCCAGCCACCCGUCCUUCAUCCAGGAGCUCCUGGCUGGCUCUGAGGAAUCCUAUCGGCCCCUGCGUAGCCUUCUGGGCCACCCAGAGAACCUGGUGCGGGCCCGCACCUAUAGGCUCCUGGGACAUUUGCUGCAACACAGCAUGGCCCUGCGGGGGGCGGUACAGAGCCAGGCAGGACUGCUCAACCUCCUGCUGCUGGGACUCGGAGACCAGGACCCAGCUGUGCGGCGUGAUGCCAGCUUCGCAGUGGGCAAUGCAGCCUACCAGGCUGGUCCCCUGGGACCUGCCCUGGCAGCUGCAGUGCCCAGUCUGACACAGCUGCUUGGAGACCCUCAGGCUAGUAUCCGACGCAAUGCGGCAUCAGCCCUGGGCAACCUGGGACCUGAGGGACUUGGGGAGGAGCUGUUACAGUACCAAGCCCCACAGCGGCUCCUGGAGACUGCGUGUGGAGACCCCCAGGCAAGCGUGAAAGAGGCCGCCCUCAUUGCUCUCCGGAGCCUCCGCCAGGAACCCUCCAUCCACCAGGUGCUGGUGUCCCUGGGUGCUAGUGAGAAAUUAGCCUUGCUGUCUCUGGGGAAUCAGCUACUGCCACAUGGCAGUCCCAGGCCUACCUCUGCCAGGCACUGCAGGAAACUCAUUCACCUCCUGAGGCCCACGCACAGCACGUGAUGCCAGCUUCCCCGGGGCCAGCUGCCAACCUUCACUGACCUAUGUUAUUGCCAAGUCUUCCUUAUUCUUCUACCACACAAGCCAACAACUGAGCCAAGAGCUAGAGACUGGAAAAAAGUGCUAAGCUGCCAACUCAACUGAGAAGGAGAAAUUAGAAAAGAUUUAUGUAUAAAGCUCCUCCCUUUCCCUUCCCCCCCCCCCCCAAAUUCAGUAUGAUUGCAACCAGUAAAUUUCACCACUGGUGGUACCAGAGGCGAUUCCUGCCUUGUGUAUACCCAGAGGCCCUUUCUCCAGGAACACAUGCCUUUAGCACCAGGAAUGCACCUUCAGACUUUAGGGAAAAAUGUCCACUCCCUGAGGGUUCUUAUCCCUUGUGGAGUGCCUUUUAUCUUCUUGUCAGCAAGUUUUGCUUUUGGUGCACUGGCCCUAGGACAGUGAGGGGCCGCAGGGCUACAUGCGAUCAAUCCCUGUCGCUGGCGAGUUUCUUCAGCCCUGGACCCAUAUUCUUAUCCAUGGGUGGGUGGUGGGGAAUGUAUCUUUUUUUUUUUUUACAGCUGUGUUUGUGAAUUCUUUUUAAUAAACAGUGUGCCUUAC